CUCUCAGCUGGACAGCAAAGAGAAUACACCACAUUUUCAACAUGCAGGGGACCCUCUGCACUCUUAUUGCUGUUCUAGCAUGUGUGGAUGCUGCAAAAGUGUUGACCCAGACACCUGCUGUGCUCACAGUUUCUCCAGGAGAAGAGGUUCUGCUUAAAUGCAACAUUCAGACACCUGAAAGCUAUUAUGUAAACUGGUACAAACAGGUCCCUGGUUCUACUCCGCAGUAUGUUCUGAGCUUUUACCAUUCUCACAGCUCACCUGAGUUUGGAACAGGAAUCUCCUCAGACCGAUUUAACUCCAAAGCCUCAUCAAACAUUGAUUAUCAGUUUAUCAUUAAGCGGGCAGAAGCAGGAGACUCUGCAGUGUAUUACUGUCAGACAUGGGACCGCUCUGCAAAUGAGAGACCUCCUGCUCCUGUCCUCACAGUCUUCCCUCCGUCCAGUGCUGAGCUCCAGUCCAACAAAGCCACUCUGGUCUGUCUGUCCAGUCAGUCUGUGCAAUUUGCAGAUGUGACCUGGUCGGCUGCUGGGAGUCCAGUGAGCAGUGGGAUCUCUACCAGCACUGCUGUUCAGAGACCAGACCACACUUUCCAAAUCAGCAGCUCUCUGACCAUCCAGACAUCAGACUGGAACAUGGAUAAGGUUUACACAUCACCUCCUCUCUUCAUCCUACAAAGCAGCAGUACAGCCUCUUUCAGAGUCCAUUCUUGGCACACUGACAACAUGCUGGUGACUCUCUGUGCUCUCAAUGCUCUAACAUGUGUGAGUGGUGUGACGGUGGUGACACAGGACUGUGUAUCAGUGAGGAGAGGAGAGACAGCCACCAUGGACUGUAACCUGGGGACUGUUGUGGCACGCCUUUGUUAUAAACAGAUUCCAGGAGGAGUUCCUCAGAUUGUGCUGUAUUUGUAUUAUGGCUGGAGUUCUCCAAGUAGGUCUGGGUUCUCCUCUCCAAAAUUCACAUGCACUCAUCAGUCAACAACAGAUAUCGUUGAUCAUCAGCAAUGUGGAGGAGGGGACUCUGCAGUCUAUCACUGUAAAACAUGGGAGAGCUCUGUUGUUGUAUCACAGUGGGUAUUUGGACAAGGAACCAAGCUGACUGUGACAAGCUCCAGCCUCCCUGCUCCUGUCCUCACAGUCUUCCCUCCGUCCAGUGCUGAGCUCCAGUCCAACAAAGCCACUCUGGUCUGUCUGUCCAGUCAGUCUGUGCAAUUUGCAGAUGUGACCUGGUCGGCUGCUGGGAGUCCAGUGAGCAGUGGGGUCUCUACCAGCACUGCUGUUCAGAGACCAGACCACACUUUCCAAAUCAGCAGCUCUCUGACCAUCCAGACAUCAGACUGGAACAUGGAUAAGGUUUACACAUGUAAAGUGUCUUUGGGCUCCCAGACUUCAGAGAAAACCAUCCAGAAGUCAGGAUGUCCCACUGAAUAGUAGAGGACCAGAAUGAGCAUUUAAAAUCUGCUUUUUUACUGCUUCUGCUGUUUGCAAAGUUCACAUGUUAGAAAUCAGAAUAAAGCCAAAAGGUUUAAGCAUUGUGUUCAUUUUUCUUGUCAUUAACUGGCAUUUACAGGAAUUGCUGUG